AUGCUUCGCCCAACAUUCAUUGGGCGCAUCUCUGUGACGCUUGUCGCGCUGAAGCGCGGCGGAAAGCCCUCGGACACACCCGACUAUAAGCAAGUGUACCUCCCGUACGACGUGGCCCCAACCCCAGUAGAACUGGAGCGGGAACGAAAAAAACUCCAGCACGCCUACUACGGUCGCAUGGAACAUCGCAAGUUGAUUCCAGUGAAGGAGGUCCCACUAAAUGUCUACACGUACGGGAAGGAGGGCAUGUCGCUCCCCAUUUCAAUUUUCAAGGACCAGCAGGACCCCGUCAUUGGCCCUGAAUGGACGUACCCUGGCAUCUAUGAGAACAAGUUGGCAGCUCAGCACUGGUACACCGAAGAGCUUUUCAGCAAGGAAACUCAUAACACUUUUGAAUCUCCGUGGCAAAAGCAAAUUCUUGAGAAUCAAGUGAAGCGGCGUAUGGCGAAGGUCUCUUUUCGAAUGCGGCAGGUUAAUAUGAAGGCGGUGGAUUUGUUCCAGAAGGAACGAGGAUCGGGGAAAAGAGGGGCUGUCGGUGGUGCAGGGGCGGCGGAGAAGGGAAAAGCCGCGGCGAAGAAAAAGUGA